GGGGGUCUUUGUUUUUGUGCACGCUUCCUUGCUUCCCCUCUCGCUCACGUCUACAAUCCUUUCGAUCACCGCACUCCUCUCUCGCACCCUCACUCGUCGUUUCUCUCUCUUUGCCUGUUGCGGCGCAUCGUAAGGAUCCAUUGUAACACUAGCGCUGCGCGAUCUCACGCGAAUUUUGAAUUUCGAGCACCAGAUUUGAAGCAUUGCGGCACUCGUUGUGUUGUCCAGAAUAAGAGUCGCGGCAGGAGAGGGACAAUUGUUUUUCUUUUUUCUUUUUUUGUGUAUGCGAGGAGCCUUUGGAAACGUGUGCGGUCGAAGCUUUGGUGUAGGAUUUGAGAGAGAAGGGAAGGAUAAGAAAAUUCUGGCCUCUGCUUAAGAAAUCAUCAGAGAGUGUUGGAACCCGAGCUUGCUAGGGAUUUCGCAUCGUCUGUGUUUAGGGUAGAGAGUGGGAGGAAGGCAUUGCAUGUGAAACAUGAUGGGGAGGAAUCCCAUUGGAGGGUUCUUUUCGGGUGGACUUUUUGGAUCCACCUCCUCGUCUUCUUCACCUCGUGCAGAAUCUUCUCAGGAGCAUGAUGAUGAUGAUGUGACGAACAAGGAGCAGGAAUCCCCAAGAGAGUCGCAAUCAAGUGGCUGGAACUUUGGGGGUUUCAUGAAGACCAUUGCGGAAAAGUCUGGCGGGGUGCUUCAAACAUAUCAACAUGAUUUGAAGGAAUUUGGAAUCGGGUUGAAGAAAGAAACAGAAGUGAUCACGGGGGCCACAGCUCAUGUUGUCAAAGACCUCCCUUCGACCUUAGAAACAGGCGCCACAGUGGCACAAGAGUCACUGGAGACAGUUGGUCAAACUUUAGAGGUCUUUGGGAGCACAGUUUGGAAAGGAACCACAGAAAUUUUUGCACAAGUGAAAGAAGUUCUUACUGUUGAUGAAGAUGCAGAGGGGAAUUCUGGCCUUGAAUCUUAUCUUUCAACGGGGGAUUCAUCAGCUUCACAUUCAAAUACGAAGUACAGCCGUUAUGAGUCCCAGGUGCAUGCAAUGCAGAGAGAUAGCAGCACCUACUACGAUGAACCUGAGGACGAAAAUGAUUUUGCCUCUUGGGUCGCUACCUUCAAUCUGGAUGAUCGAAAAGGAGAGAUUGAACAAAUUCUGGCGACUUCUCCGUUCAUGAAAGAGCUUCAAAAUCAGAUUGUGCCAAGUCUGGUGGAGUAUGACACUUUCUGGACCCGCUACUUCUAUCGCCUUAACAAGCUGCAACAGAUAGAGAAUGCUCGGGUCAAGCUUGUCAAAAGGGCAAUUGAUGGAGAGGAGGAUGAAGAUCUUAGCUGGGAUGUUGAUGAAGAGAAAGAUGAAGAGAUACAGGUAGAUGAACCUGUUGUUCCUGCUGGAACUGUAGUGCAGGAUAAUAAGCCGAAUGAAAUUAUUUUACCUACACGAAGUGUUGAAGAUCCUUUGGUUUCUUCCGCUGAGGAUGUUCAUGAUGAGGAGGAGGUAAAAAGUGAGGGAAGUGCAGGAAGUGAAUGGUUGGUUGUCUCUGAAGGCAAGGGGUCAGGAAGUUCAGAGCCCAAGACAUCACCCUCAUCACCAGUUUCAGAGAGGAAGGAAACUGAGUCCUCUACACCUAAAAAACCUGAGGAUCAUGAGGUGAAUGAAGCUGAACUGGACCAACUUGGAGACCUGAGCCUUGGUGAUGGUGUAGAGGUUCCUGUUCAGAACAAGGAAGAAGAAAAGAAAGUAUCAACUCUGAAAGAUCAUGAUGUAACUAACGAGGAGAAUGAGGAGGAUUGGGGGGAGUGGGAAUAGUCUCAACGUUGAUGAGACUGUUCCUAGCACACCCGAUUUGAUUUUUCUUGGUAGCCUCUUCAUACUGGUGGAGUUCCAUAUGCAUUGCUAUGAAAGCAGUAAACUCUGGUAGAAUGUCUGCCGCUGACUUUCUUAAACUGUAUAGUUGUGAUUAUAUAUGCAUUCCAGUCAAUACUACAAUUUUUAGUACAAUCAUUGUUGCAGUGCGCUGCUCUUUCCAAUUCUAAAGCCUUUAUUUGCGCUUCAAGUAUCUACUAGUGUUAGUGUCUGCGAAAAGCGCUUUUUUCAUUUUGUAAGAGGCUCAAUAAACAUAUUUCCCAAAUUAUGAAUCA